GUGUUUGUGUGCAUAUAAUAAUAAUAUAUGACUUGUGGCUAAAUUUUGUCAAUAAAAACCAAGUGAUGAUAACAGUGUUGUGCACACACACGACAAUGAUUAAGAAAACACUUACACUGUUUGCCGGAUUACUACACUGUCUAUUGCCAACACUGCAUACACUGCCAUCAAAUAGCAUUGUCAAUGAUGUUCAGUUGAUCCCAAAAAGCAAUUGUCAGUUAAACUGUACGGAAAACUAUUUCGAUGAGGGAAAGGAUUGUCACGAAUCUCGUGGUAAAUGUAAUUGUAUUGCACACUGUUGUCUGGCAUUUGAUUGUCGCAAUUGGGGAACAUUAGUCCAGUGUCGGCGCAAAUGUAAUGUCGUUCCCAACAAGUUUGGCAAACAAUCCAAUCAAAUGAAUUGCAAUCAAUAUGUUUGCGAUAAAGAGUUUUUUGAUGAGAGUUGGGACGCCAGGGGUACGGAUGAUAAACAACGUAAUUGUGUUCAACACUGUUGUUACGCGUUUGACUGUCGAAAGGCUUCGGGAUAUUGUCGACAAACAUGUGGUGUCGAUGUUUGGGUAACACAUAGACCCGGAUGACAUUUAUGACAUUAAUAACAUUAUUAUUAUUAUUUGUAUAAUGUUUAUAAUUAUUUGUAAAU